CCUGUACAAUUAGCCAAUCAGCAACGCGCUCUGCCAGCCAGGAGGACGCAUAAAAGAAGAACAUUGCAGCAGAGGCACAGAAGGAGACUGCAAGAGGAGCAGGGAAUUACACACAAAAGCAGCAGAAUCAGAACACCCUCCCCUGGACACACCCUGCUGAGGAUCACUGCUUCUCUUUUUUUCUGAACCAUCGCCCACGCCACUCAGAGAGACCGCUCUCCCGCAUCAUCAUCCAGUAGAAAACCCCUUUCUCCUCAUUUUCAUCCUAUAGAGGACACCUACCAGCUCAGAGGGCUGAGAUCCCUUGGCAAAGAUUGUAUUUUUUUCCUUUUUUUUCUUUUUUUCUUUUUAAUUUGGACUCCUGACAGAACACAAGGGCCGUGUAACAUAAAGGCCGAAGAACAUAUAGAGUCUCAGUCUUCAGCUUCAAGACCAGUACAAAGAAGGACCUAGAUUUCUUUCAUUGUACGUCAAGAAUGGUUACUCAGAUAAUCAGCACCAUGGAAACCCAGGUGUCUAACGGUCCAAGCGGAACCAGUCUGCCUAAUGGUCCAGUCAUUAGCACCAAUGGCUCCACAGAUGACAGCAAAACCAACCUGAUCGUCAACUAUCUGCCUCAGAACAUGACCCAGGAAGAGUUCAAAAGUUUGUUUGGUAGCAUUGGAGAGAUUGAGUCCUGCAAGCUAGUCAGAGACAAGAUAACAGGUCAGAGUUUGGGAUAUGGCUUUGUAAACUAUGUUGAUCCCAAUGAUGCAGAUAAGGCCAUCAAUACACUCAAUGGUCUCAAACUGCAAACUAAAACAAUCAAGGUAUCAUAUGCCCGACCAAGCUCAGCUUCGAUUCGUGAUGCCAACCUUUAUGUGAGUGGACUCCCUAAGACCAUGAGCCAGAAAGACAUGGAACAGCUGUUCUCCCAGUACGGUCGCAUCAUCACAUCCCGAAUUCUAGUGGAUCAAGUUACAGCAGGCAUAUCACGAGGAGUGGGCUUCAUCCGGUUUGACAAACGCAAUGAAGCUGAGGAGGCCAUUAAAGGUCUGAAUGGACAAAAGCCUUUGGGUGCUGCUGAGCCCAUCACUGUCAAGUUUGCCAACAACCCCAGCCAGAAGACAGGCCAGGCCUUACUGACACAGCUGUACCAGACUGCUGCCCGCCGUUACACAGGGCCCCUGCAUCACCAGACUCAGCGUUUCAGCAUGAUCCCUUCACUUGGAAAGGGACCCGAUCCAAAUAACAGCUCAAAAACAAUACUCGACAAUUUACUAAACGCCAGCUACGGAGUCAAGAGUUCUCCUACUCUCUUCCCUAGAUUCUCACCCAUCACCAUUGACAGCAUGACCAGCCUGGCUGGAGUCAACCUUACUGGCCCAACUGGAGCCGGCUGGUGCAUCUUUGUGUACAACCUGUCCCCUGAGGCGGACGAGAGUGUCCUGUGGCAGCUCUUUGGGCCUUUCGGCGCAGUCACUAACGUCAAGGUCAUCCGUGACUUCACCACCAACAAAUGUAAGGGCUUCGGCUUUGUCACCAUGACCAACUAUGAUGAAGCGGCCAUGGCCAUUGCUAGCCUUAAUGGCUACCGCCUGGGUGACCGCGUGCUGCAGGUUUCCUUCAAGACCAGCAAGCAGCACAAGGCCUGAGAGAGAGGCUGCUGGUACCAGCUGCUUUGACCUGCAGGGAGAGCAACCUAAGCUCCCUGUGCCAUCACUCUACAUGGGCCUGGACUGAGUCUCUCUUUGACACAUUCUCACAAAAACUCAUAUUAUAUUAGCAGAAACACAAACAUGCAGAUACAAAUGUACACACACAUACAUAGCCAAAUGUCUUCAUACGCAAGCAUACAAAAGUCAGAGUUUCAAACAAACACACUAGUGGAGUUUUUCUUUUCUCUUCACACAACAUGCUAGUCCUUCCCUAUAUUUGCCUGGAUUGAAUUAGAAGGGGGUAUGUAGCUGGUAGGGGUAAGAGCUAUCUAUUUAGGAGACAGUCUAAUGAAUGUGACAGGGAAUGUGCACUGAGUGCUUUGAUUGAAUUCAGGCAAAUAAUGACAACUGAUGAACAAAACGAUCAAAAAUUUAAAUGAACAAAUAUGUGCAAUUUAUCCAAACUCUUACCCCACCAUCUCUCCCGUUAUCUUUCAGGAGAGGAUGUAGACACUUUUUUACACUUGGGCAUUUUGAAUCAGCGAUUUUUUUAGAUCAAAGAAAAUGAAAUUUAAAAACAGUGUUCUCUUAUAUACAUCUAUUAAAAUAUAACUAUAUAUUCAAUAUUUAAGGUGGUUAUAAUAGCCGAGUAUGUAAGCAUUUUCUAGAAACUUUGACUACUGUUUCCUGACCUGCAUUAGGUGGUGCCUAGCAUAAAGGCAGUUUCUCUACCCUGUGUGAGCUUGUUAGCUCAGACCCAGUAGGGUUUAGGUUAAUUAAAGAACACUAGUCACAGAAAAGUAGUCUGAAGGCCAUCAGAAUCACUCUUUUCCUCAAUGUCACGCUGAAUAACACAAUCGUAUACUUGUGUAUCACAGAAACACAGUUCAGUAACUAGAUUUAUACAUUUAAACCACAAAAACAAACAAAUAGUUCCUGUACUCUUUCUAAUAUAUCCUCAAAAUGGAUUCAACACAAGCAGACCGUUUGUGAACUUAGAGCAGAGUGGCAGUGCUCCCAUGGUGACAGUGUUCAUUAGUAAUUCUCUUGUGGGCAGUGAGUGACAAGUGCGAGGGGAAAAAUGUUUCACCAUAAUACAGCCACGCCAAAGGAAAAUACCGGUGUUUUUUCACUUUUUGCAUCAUUUUUUUUUUUUUUUAUUGCACCUGUAUUUUAUGUUAUCCAUAGGCCAUUUUGCAUUGCACAGCUCUGUCAACCAUGAUUUGGUGUAAGAUCCUUUUAACUGAAAGGUCAUUUGGUGUCAAGAGGUCAAGAAAGGAAGCAAAACAAGAUGUGGAAGACAACUAAAUUAUGCUGUACUUGCUGAUAGGUUACUGUAAGGCAGGCUACGUCUUCAAAUUUACAUAGAAAUAAAUAAAUAAAAGCUGAAAAUGUAAUCAUUUCAAUAUGAUUAUGAUCCAAGUAGCUGGAAAAAAUGAAAGAAAAGUCAAACAAUACACCCAUGGACUGAUCUGUUUAGGCAGGUCUGCAGUGAAAGAGCACAGAUGAGCAAAAAUUCAAGAGCACCGGUAUUAUUCUUUAGUCUAGUGCCCAGUGAGAAGUUCUCCGAAUAAAUGAGGUCAAAGUUUAGCAUUUCAGCAGAAUACAUGUGCUUUGCAAUAACAACAUGCACAGAGCAGAUUAAAAGGACUGCAGUUCUUAAUAGCUAAAAACAUUUAAACCUGAUUUAGAGUCACACAUGUGAGCAACGAUACCUGGCAGCAUUAAAAAUAUCACUGAUCCCCUCAGGAGAAAAAGAACCAGUGACUCCAGUUUUGCCAAAUGCUCCUCAGUUUUAUUUAAAAUCCCUCUACUCUCAAACUUUGAACUCCUGCCCUCCCAAAAGAUGACUGUACAACAUCAAGCCUGCAAAUUAAGUAUCAUCAUUAUAGUUCUGUUUACAACAGAAAGAUAUUUAUUUAUUUAUUUGCUUCAGAUCUGUUUGGCACUACCACAAAAAUAGCUUUUCUCAAAAUAUCCCUAACCCAGUUGCAUGAAAAUUAUUUAUGGCACCCUUAAUGAAACAUUAAGGCCAGCCUGUUUAGCUGAAGUGUCUGUUAUAGUCCAUACUUAAGAUUUACCGUGGGGAGAGCUAAUGUCUUUCAAUAUCAAGACAUCUGCACAUGAUAAUAAAUAAGGUCAACUAUAUUCAAGACAUUUUUGCUUUUGCUUUUCUAAAUGAUGCUGUGUUAGCCAAAGAGGAUGAUCUCUUUGAAAGGAUUACAUUAGAGAUAAAUCUAUUUUUAUACAUACAAAAGAACAAGACCUUGUGCUGAAUUUUUACAGAUUCUUAAGCUUGGAAAAAUUGGGACAUCACAUGGCUUUAUUUUAAACCCUCUGAUCUUUGCAGAGCAAGAGGGAACAAGCAUGCGGUGUAUGGGUGGGGAUUUAGAGAGGGGGUGAAAGAACACUGGGUGUUUCUCAAGUUUCUUAUAUGAUCAUUGCUACAGUAUAUAUCCUUGGUUGACAUGGAAGUCAUUCUGGUCAAUUGAGGACCAAGAGCAUUCUAAGUCAUAUAUAUAGUCUCUGAGGAGCGAGGAGGCUGCUUGAGGAGCCAUGACCGAAGUUACACGAGUCCAUCCUUCAUGGAAGUUUUUUAUGAACCAACCCACCCCUUUAUCAAAAAUCUGUUGGCGACUGGACACUUCAGAUGAAGGAUAGGAGGAAAGAAUGUGUCAUUUGUUAAUAACAUAUUUCUUCUCUCCUCAUGUCUUCUUGCACUGUUUCCUCACAUCAUAAGUGGGUGGGACUAAGACACAAGGAAAGGAUGCAAGUGAGGGAAAUGACAACCCAUAUAAGAGACUUGAGAAACACCCAUAGUACUCAUACAAACUUAACCAUUCAACAUAUCAAAAUGAUUGACACAAACUUUAAGAAAUUUGUUGUAAAAAAGUCAAACUGAACAGUUGGGGGUAUAACCUGACAGGCACAUCUAUACUUCUGAGUGCUUUAGACACACUUACAUCUCAUGUCAUGAAUUUGUGUACAGUGUUGCUUCAGUGGUGGUGCAGUGAAGUGAAGUUCUUUGACUUGAGAAUCCCAGACAAAGCUGCAGUGAGACCAGCUCAUCAUCAAGCUGAAAAACUGAAUAGCUGCUUGCAAAUAAAAAGAUAAAAUGCAGAUUCAUAAUGAACACUAGGCAUGAUUCUUUAUGAUGAGAUUGAUUUGAUUUUUGCCAAAGAAUUGUCUUGCAAGUCAGUACCAAGAAGGAUAAAUUAAGACUAACUAUAUUAUUCAAGGAGUAAUUGCUGUACAAAUAUGUUAUUUAUUGAAUAAGGUCCCUCUACAAUUUCAGUUAUCAUUAGUUUUGAAUAUCUAAGUUGCGCAUAUCAGUUUGCAUUUGUAAAUCCUAAAAUCACUAAACUGUGCUAAAAUAAAACAUUUGCAAGCCGCCCCAAAAGGCAUAUCAAAAUGCAUCAGUUCACCUCUUGACAAAGGAAAAAUCAUAUGCAUCCAUAUCAUAUAUUCCCCCCAACAAUUAUAUCAUCUGCUUUGUCUUGUUGCCAAUUUAAUCCUUUAGAUCCAUUAACAUUGCACCACUUCGAAUACCUACUCUGGCAUCUUUCAGUCUGACUCAUACUGUUUCAUUCCCUGAAAUACUCUGAAUGAUUGUUGCUGGUGUGUCCAGAGCUGACCACGUUAAGGACUAAUCUAGCUAUUUUGGGUCAAGCAAUUUGCUAGGGAUAGCACAGUAGGACCGAGCACUUGGACCAGUGAUAGACGUUAGGAACAACCAAGAUAACAGGCCGCGCUGAAAUGCAGCUGGAGUUGUUUACUCAGCCAUGUCCGAUGUAGUACAGUCAACCCACAAACCAGCCCUGCAGCCCGAAGUCUUUCAUACACAGCCUACACAAAGACCUACAUCUAAUGUACAGUAGAGAGCCAAGGACCAUGGCAGGAAACAGUACUACACUGCUUGAGCAACAACAAUAAUCAUUUAAAAAGACAAAAAAAUUUUCCUAUGGAACAGUAAGUGCAAUGUGCUUUGUUUUUAUAUUGACUGAGAACAAAUGAUAUAUAUUUUUUAAAAAAGAAAUUAAACGUCACACUGAAAAGGUUUGUGGACUAGUGAAAGGAGUAAAAGUCUGGACAAAAACAUUAAAUAGAACAGGCUCGUUAAGAAAAUCAAACAAACAAUGAGAGCUCUGAUCUACAGUAUAAAUUUCCAUAAUCACUUCCUCAGCCCCUAAUUUAUGCUCUGACCAUGCAAGCUCAAACAAACUGCAUAUUUGGCUGACUUAAUACAGCAAUUUUCAGUGACCUUGAAAGGAGUACUGUCUAAUAUAUCAUCAGUUUUAGCCCAUGUCAAUUUCAAAUAUCAUUUUUCCUGUAAUUUAUUGAUUUUAUUUAUAUAUCAAGAUUCACUUGUUAAAUUAGCGUAUUUGUGUUGUUGAUGUUGCCAUAGAAAACACACAUGGGUCAAAGAUUAUGUUUGGUUGCAUUGAUUGGGUACAGUUUGUUAUUUUUCUUCCAUUAUUUAAUUAGUUCAAGUUUUUUACAGUGUAUGCAGAUUUUAGACUUAGUUAGAUUUUUUUUAUUUCAAUCAAACUGUGUUCAAUUGUGUUUGUAAAAGUCUGUGGUAGCUUUUGUUGCAACAUAAAAUAAUUUAAACAGAAAAAAUUCAAAAUAGCGCCAACAAACUUGUAUUAUUUGGGCGACUUUAAGCUUGUAGUUUUAACUUAUUGUUAACUUAAAAACUAUUUAUUAUGAUUAUUGCCUCGUAUAAAGUAUGUUUUGUGUAUAUUUAUGGUUUAUUUCAUUAUAUUUGCAAGUUUAAAAGAUUUUAAGUUUGUCAAAAUUGUGGUUACACCAUUUCGUUUCUAAAAAGGGGGACAAAUAGAAAAACAGCUUUAGAAGUACGAUUUGGAAAUGUUCUCCAUAGUCAAAGAAUGCACUGCUAUAUUUAACUAAUUGAAGUGUAUAAACAUACAUGCUGUGUGCUAGAUGUUAUGCCUUUACUGCCUGUGUUCUGUUUGUCUUGUUAAAUGAAAAUCUUUUAAUUAUUUAAUCUAAUCACAGUCUUGUUUUUCCAACCACUCAGCGAACCUGUGAGACACGGGACAGCCCCUGUAGCGAGGCUUUGGCCCAUUUGAGGGUCAGGCAACUAGCCAGGAACAGAGGGAUGUCCUAGGUUUGAUAUGCUAUGAAGAUGCUUUCCUGUGUAUGUUGAUGGAUUUUAUGGGGAAAAAAAUUACAUUAAGUGUUCUGUUUCUGUAAAAGCAUUGCAAUACUGAAAUUAUCUGUAUCAACUGCAAUAUCAAUUUGUGCUACUGAAACAAAAAUGUUCUUUAGAAAACCAGCCAAGAGCUGUGGCAAAAUGUCACAGAGCUCAGAAAAGCUGCAGGAAGGUUUUCUUGGGAGUCUCUAGGUUAGUAAAGGGGUGAGUGGUCCUUCUGUUUCUCAACCAACUGUAUUUUGUGUCUAUUUAUUUAGAAGAGGGGAUGCAGUAACUUAGUGAUGUUUUUCUUACAUUUUCCUGGAAUGGUAGAACAAAUCAAAGGUGAAAAUGAUCAAAACAGUUCUGCUGACACCGAUAUCAGUGGACAAAAUCUCAUACUUCCAAACAUGACCAAAUGAACAAUGUCAAAAUUUAAUGAAGGAGAAAAAAAACAACCUUUCAGUUUAGUCUAGGAUAUUUAUUACUGGGAUUUCAGCUGAAGAUGCUUGAAGACUUUUUCAUGGAAUUGUUUAAUUAUUUGUACUUUACAUGCCAAAAAAAUAAAAAAUUAAA